ACUUGGAUAAUGCAAUAGCCACAAUCUAAAAUAGGAGAACGACAUGGCCUUGGAUUGUUUUCGAUAGAGUUGCAAAUCAACCAAUCAAAUGAAUUAUCCAAAACUCCCUCUCUCUCCUCACCUCUCUUCCAAAAUCAUCUCACAAUUUCACUGUAAAUCCCUCUCUUCCCCCUUCUCCAAUUCACAAAAUCAUGGUAAUUACCCUCUCAUCUUCUCCGCCAAUACCCUCUUUCUGCGGCCUCAAAACCCUUUUCAGUUCCAAUCCUAGAUCACUCUCCAAACCCAGAACCCGAUUAAACUUCCUCAAACCCAAGCAAGAUAAAGGAUUGAACUUGCAGAGAAAUCAUAAUUAUAAUACUAAUUUUGGUAGAGAAUCAAGGAGUUACAGGUGUAAUUUAUCUGGGUUUGAUUUGGGUGGCUUAGAAGGUCCUCAAUCAGUAAUUGAAGCAGCUGGUGUUCUUACUGCAAUCAUUGUUGUUCAUGAAAGUGGUCAUUUUUUGGCAGCCUAUCUUCAGGGAAUUCAUGUAAGUAAAUUUGCAGUCGGGUUUGGUCCAAUUUUAGCUAAAUUUAAUGCUAAUAAUGUAGAAUACUCUCUUAGAGCUUUUCCUCUUGGUGGUUUUGUGGGUUUUCCUGAUAAUGAUCCUGACAGUGAUAUACCUGUUGAUGAUGUUAAUUUGCUGAAAAACAGACCCAUUUUUGAUCGGAUUUUAGUGGUUUCUGCUGGUGUUAUUGCCAACAUUGUCUUUGCUUUUAUCAUCAUUUUUGUGCAAAUUGUGUCUGUUGGUUUGCCUGUUCAAGAAGCCUUUCCUGGUGUACUUGUUCCUGAUGUACGCCCUUUUUCGGCAGCUUCUCGAGACGGGUUGCUGCCCGGAGAUGUUAUUCUGUCUGUUAAUGGCUUCGAAUUGUCGAAAACCGGCCCUAAGACUGUUACUGAAGUUGUUGAUGUUAUUAAAACUAGUCCUAGGAAGUAUGUUCUGCUUGGAAUUCAUAGAGGAGGAGCUGAACCAGGAGGACAGGAUUUUGCUAUUAAGGUGACACCUGAUGAAAGUUAUGAUGGAACUGGUAAAAUUGGAGUUCAGCUAUCUCCUAAUGUCAGUAUUAGAAAGGUUAAGCCUGAUAAUAUUGUUCAGGCUUUCAAUUUCACUGGAAAAGAGUUUUGGGGUCUAACCUCAAAUGUGUUGGACAGUUUAAAACAGACGUUCCUGAACUUUUCGCAAUCAGCUGAAAAAGUUUCAGGUCCAGUUGCAAUAAUCGCAGUUGGGGCAGAAGUAGCAAGGUCCAACAUUGAUGGACUUUACCAAUUCGCAGCAAUUUUGAACAUAAAUUUGGCAGUGAUAAAUCUGCUCCCACUGCCAGCAUUAGAUGGGGGUACAUUGGCAUUGAUACUGAUAGAGGCAGCCAGAGGAGGAAAGAAGCUUCCUUUGGAAGUGGAGCAGCAGAUUAUGUCUUCAGGUAUAACAUUAGUCUUAUUUCUUGGGGUGUAUCUUAUAAUCCGAGACACUCUAAACCUCGACUUUUUCAAAGAAAUGUUGUGACGGGAAUGUUAGUACCCCAAAUUCAGUUGUUUGAUUCACUCAUAGUGCAGUGACUAUUGUGAUAGUCAAUUUAUCAUCCAACAGACCAACACAAUAGAUUGUAUCUCAUUGAUUAGAUAUUGGGCCUGUGAUUACAUUAAAAAGAUAACGACGGUUCGUCGGUUCCACCAGAUUGUUUGUCAUCAUCACAGUUCACAAGAUUGAUUAUGAGUCACUGUAAGCAAUGAAGAGUUAUGGCCUUCAAUAUCCCCUGUUUAUUUUUACAAUAGAGAACUUGAGUUUAUUGUUUAACAACUCCCAAUUUUAUACUGUGUUGUAAUUGUCAUACCAAUUUGUAUCUAGCAAAUUAGAAUGUUUUUAAAAGUUAUUAAUACUUCUGUAAUGGGAGGUCAUAUACUCAUAUAGCUUGAACAGGUCAGGCCAUGCAGCCCUCAAAAAUUUAUAUUGAAAGACUUCAUAUAUGGUAGUUAUAGAUGUUUUUGUUGCUGCUGAAUUA